AUGCCCCGCCCACGCGCCACUUCCACCUCCAGCGAGGUCUCCUCCGCCCCCAGCGCCUCUACCGCCCCGCAAGAACUCAGUAGCAUGUACGAUUACCUCGCCAAGAUAAUUCUCCUGGGUCCCUCUGGCUCCGGUAAAUCCUGCCUCCUCCAUCGCUUCGUUAAGUCCGAGUGGCGCGUGCUCUCCAGCCAAACCAUCGGCGUCGAGUUCUCCUCCAAGAUCGUCAAGAUUGGCACCGGUGCCCAGCGUCGGCGCAUCAAGUUGCAGCUGUGGGACACCGCCGGCACAGAGCGUUUUCGAAGUGUGAGUAGGAGCUACUAUCGCGGUGCCGCGGGCGCCAUACUUGUGUACGAUGUUGCGAGCUUGGCGGCCUUCAACGCCCUACCAACGUUCCUGAUGGACGCGCGCAGUCUGGCGAGCCCUGGCUUGACGGUCGUAUUGGCGGGGAACAAGGCUGACCUGGCGGAUCCGACAAAUGCUGCACAUGCGCACGCGCAGCAGAGUACGCCAAGUGUGAAUGGGAGUUGGAAGGACCCGCCGCCCACACCGAGCAGUCUGAGCAGCAAGAGCAGCGCUUACGCAUUGGACAGCGGCACCGGCAGGAGUAGAGGGGACUCGAUCAAUCUAAGCAUGACGGGUACCAAGUGGACGGCCACGCCUGCGGCAGAAGGCAGGGAAGUCAGCCCAGACGUGGCGAGUCGGUGGGCCAGCAAGGCCGGCGUGCCAGCUGUGAUGGAGGUAUCCGCGCUUACCGGAGAGAACGUCGACGAGCUGUUCAACCGACUGGCGCGGAUGAUAUUGACCAAGAUUGAACUGGGCGAAGUCGACCCAGACGAUCCAAACAGCGGCAUCCAAUACGGCGACAUUGGCUGGGACGGGGCCAGCAUCCGCUCCACCACAACGGCCGACGAGGGGACGCUGCGGCGACGAAAGAAACGCUCCAAAGUGCUGUUGAACGGCAUGGACGAGUGGGGCGAGGUGUUUCGCAAGCCGGGCGGUGCACGUCGAGGCUGUUGUUGA